CCCUCGAGAUGGGCGGGGGGGGGCGGGAAGGGAAAUAGCGAUUGCCCAGCCAUGGCGGUGGUUGAUUACAGUUUCCCCGUUAAUUUUGGCCGCUGUUGCGAGCUCCGUCUUCCAGCACUCGAGGCAGCGACCACCAUCGGGGUGGCUGGAGGCGAACUGCAGGCGGUCUCACUGGGCUUCUCCUCUCACAGAUACCACCAUCCCUCAUGGCCAUCUGUUAUAUACGGGUUUAGUCUGCAGGUUUUGUUGCUGCCAGGGGAUGCUCCCGGAGCUUCGUUGCACUUGGGGGGGGGUUGUGGGGGUCCCGGGGAGCCCGCAGUCCGGGAGCCAGAGCUGGCACCGGGACUCGCGUCUCCUCGCUGGCUCUCUGGCCUGACCUGCUGGGGUGUCCUGUCCUGCGCCUCUGCCUUUCGCUGAUUCCUGGAAAAAACUGGAGUCCUGUCAGUCUUCUGGACGAGAAAAACUUUCCCCAAGUGUCUUAAUUGCGAAAUUAAGUAAAUAGUAUUUUAACUGCUGUACCUGGUGAAGGCAGCUUGAGAUGUUAAAGAAUCCAAAAUUGCACCGGAUUGCUUGACUAUGAUUUCACAAAUGUUUUAAAUCACUUUCCGUAAUUUGUAUACGUCAGUAUUUGACUCUUGUCACUUAGUAUUUGAGAAUAAAAUGCUGUCUCCAGCAUUCUUUGAUUUCUGACUUUAUAAAGUCCCAUUUAAAAAAAAAAAAAAAUCUAUAGCCUCUUACAAUACUUGAGUAUUGAAGUAUCAUUCAGGCCUUGGCUGGAUUUAAAAGGGCAAAACAGAACUUCAUUUCUUCCUUUGGUGCUCUCGCACUCACUUCUCUUUGCCUUAACGUACAGCUUUUAUAUUCCAUUAUCUCACUCUUUGCCUGCUGAUGAUACUUCGAAGCUUCACCCGAGGCUGGGAAUCCACAGUUUUGGCCAUUUUAUGAGCAUUUAACAGGAGACAAUCGGUGUCUCAGAUAACCUGCGCUGUAAAGAGGCAAACCCAAGAUGGCCGGGAGAGGAGAGCGGUGCCGCCGUUCGUGGGACACCGAAGUAAAGGGCGAUUGAGAGUAAAACCUUGGGAAGACGGAAGGUCGCUGCUGCGGAGGCGCAGUGCGUCUGCCAGGGGGGCAGCUCUGCAGCAGUUUAGGACAUUUUCGAUCAGGGUUAGUGAAAGUUCGUGGGAAUGGGGUUUUCUCAUUUAUUUGUUCUUUUCUAAUUGCUACUCCUCAGCCAUUUCAGGGUUUUUUAGUGGUUCUUGAGUGGUGGCUCAGACUAAGGAACGUGGUAUUAGCAGGGUAUAUAUGAACUUUGGGGUGAUAAACUCACCUUGCCCACAGUGAAGUGCGAUGAGUUUCUUUGGCUAGAGAGAGAGCUGAGUCUCAGGAGUUUAAAAGUCCUUCAAAACAAACUUCAUAGUUGCAGAAUCCUUUCAUUUAAAUUAAAUUUCUUUUCAAGAUGUAGCUGCGUGGAGGCAUUGGCUUUAUUCUGAUAAAGCGUCACCCUUACCUAUCUGAUUAUAAACCCAUGGUUUUCAUACCAACUGGAACAAUAAUUAUUUUCUGGCUGAUAAAACAUCGGGUGUUGCUUUUAUGAAUUCCCUCCUGUCAGUACCCAGUGACAUGUCGAACUCUUCCUUCGCCCCAAAACUGGGCGGCUGGUUUCAGCUAGAGCGGUGUAUUCAGUGUUGGCAGUGCACAUCGCGUUCAGUGUGUUCCAUGUUGGCAGUAGCUUUAACUGUGGUGUAAAAAGCUGCGGCCCUGACGUGUUCUCCGCCUUUGGUACUUCUCGUCAAAGCCUGAGAACUUGCAGGUUGAGGUUUUUCGUUGGAACCGUCUCUCUAGAAGCUGGUAGAUGGCAAUCGCUGUUUCAGGUGUUCACAGAAAGCCAUUCCAAUGGAAAACUUGUGUUUUUCCAGCUAAAUAAGUUGUUUUAACAAGACGGGGGGCAUGUGAGUCUUCUUGUGUGACAGUCACGCGAGGCCGAGUAGCUGCACCUCCUUUAGCCGGCGGAGAAUAUAAGAUGCAGCAGUAGUUUUCACCUUGUUAAGUCUUUUUUUGUUAUUUUACCAAGAUUCAUAAACGUUGGCUGACUACUUAGUUACAGAGGUGAACUUGAAAAAUGGUAUUUAUAGUGGGAAAUACUUUAUCUUUUAUUCCUGUAAGUAGGACUUCACACCUGUGAGAAAGAUCAGCAAAAACCUUUGUGCUUUCUCCCCGGUUUGUUUGUUUUGGGUGGUUUUAUGUCUUAUCAGUUUCGUUGUUUCUUGCAGUCUAUUUUGGUGCUGUUGUGAGCCUUUGAUGGGAAAAUAAGGCAGAGAAGAACAGUAAAAGAGAGAAGGGGAGACAGAAUGUGGUUUAGCACUUCAGAAAUGAAUUGGGUAUUUCUGUGGCACUGGAAAUUUGUUUUAAUUUUUGCUGUUGACCGGAUUUCAGUUUGACAGUGCCCUGUUUACUUGUGACAGUAUGUAGAGGUACAAAAUGUACAUUUUUUCUUUAUAAAAAAGGAACAAAUUGUUGUAUAUUUACAGCAGUAAGCACGCUGGGAAGCUGCACCGUGUGUUGGAGAGCGUUUGUUCCGUGCUGUAAAGGACACAGUUUCGUGUUUCACCAAACCAUUGAUGUCUCAUCAGUUUUUUUUCUCCACAAAGUCCUGUUUUAGUCACUUUUUUGAGGAGUCCUGCGGCGGGACUCCUCGGAUGAGUAAGGAUUGCAAGAACAAGACUCUGCUCUCGGUGUACAUUGACUUUUUACCCUCUAAGUAUACGUCAGGCUGCGAGAGCUGUGGUUUAUCUCAGUAGGGAAAAAUCAAUGACUCACAUUUCCACAGAAAGAAAUGUAAUUUCCAGUCUCAUAGCAACUGUCCUUUCAACAGUUUCAAACCUUCUGUGACAAAAUGUUUAACACUCACCGAUCAUCUCUUAAUGCUCUCGGCUGGUCCACCCACUCACCCCACCUAAAAGCAUCCAUUUCUACAUCACCGAAUCCCCGAUAUUGGAGGGGGGGUGCUGGCAAGUUGAUUAUGGAAGAGGUGCACAAGAGCAGCAGUACCAGUUCAGUGACGCCCUCGCAAACCUCGGCCGUACAAGGUACAACACUACAGGCAGCUCAGCUCUCUCAUAUUGCUCAACAGAUGUCGCUACGUGGUCCUGCCCCCCUGACGGUUGUCCAGCUUCCUGGAGAGCAAGUCCAGGUCCAGGGCGUCAUCCAGACAGCUCAGUCCUCCUCCGUCAUCCACUCGCCUCAGGUGCAGACGGUGCAGGUAUCUUCUUUGUCUGAGAGUGAAGAUUCUCAGGAUUCAUCAGACAGCAUAGGCUCCUCACAGAAAGCCCGAGGCAUUUUAGCUCGUCGUCCAUCUUACCGAAAAAUAUUGAAAGAUCUUUCUUCUGAAGAUACACGCGAUAGAAAAGGAGAUGAGGAGAGUCCUGGUGUCUCCACUGUUACGUCCAUGUCCGUUCCCACACCUAUCUACCAGACGAGCACUGGACAGUACAUUGCCAUUGCUGCAAACGGCUUACAGCUGGCCAGCCCGGGUACUGAUGGCGUGCAGGGUCUGCAGGCGCUAACGAUGACGAACGCGGGUGGCACUCAGCCUGGGACAACAAUACUGCAGUACGCGCAGACGUCAGAUGGGCAGCAGAUCCUGGUACCCAGCAACCAGGUGGUGGUGCAGACUGCAUCGGGGGACAUGCAGACGUACCAGAUCCGCACCACGCCAACGACCACCUCCCUUCCCCAGACCGUGGUGAUGACGUCUCCCGUCACUCUGACAUCGCAGACAAGUAAGACAGAUGAUCCGCAGCUGAAACGAGAAAUAAGGCUGAUGAAGAACAGAGAAGCUGCUCGAGAAUGCCGUAGAAAGAAGAAAGAGUAUGUUAAAUGUCUGGAAAAUCGAGUCGCAGUCCUGGAAAAUCAGAACAAAACUCUAAUUGAAGAGCUAAAAACUUUGAAAGAUCUUUACUGUCAUAAAAGCGUGUAAGAAAAGAAGGUAAAACUUUUGUGGACUGUUUAAAUUUCAGAGGAGAAAUUUUUUUUUUAUACUGAAUUUUUUUAAACUAGAUGAAAGGUCAAAAAUGAAACUUUUCUACCUAGAUUUCACAACUUAAAGACUAUAUAGAUUUUAUUUACAACAUGUUGGUGACAAAGUACAAAAAGGAAACAAGAAAACCUCACCAAAAUUCCUGCUGGCACAACUGGAAACUUUGUAAAGUCAAGAUUGCAUCCACAGGAAAGGACAGGCACGUUUUACGAGGCAGGCGAUGAGAAUUUCUUUGAAAAUUUCUACUAGCGCCUCUUGUAAUGGAGGCGAUAUUUGGUUACAGUUAAAAUGUGGAUGAAAUGGAAUCCUUGCCAUAGUCGACAUUAUUAGUAACAUUUAUAACCAGUAUAUGUUUUGAUUUCUUACUCUUUUUCAAUCCUUACUUUUACUUUCAGUUAUUUGUAUGUAAAUAUUUUUAUUUUAACCUGUAAGUUGUCGUUUACAGGUGCAGAUCAUAAAAAAAGCUAAUACUUUGCUAGAGGUAUAAAUUAUGUUUACUCUUUCUCAGCUGACAGUUUUAAAAGUUGGGUUGGUUUUUUUUUUGUUUUGGUUUGUUUUUUGUUUUUGUUUUUGUUUUUUCCAACGUUUGCUGUGUUUAUCGCAUUUUGGAAAGGGUCCGCAGAAAGUGGGAGACGCCGAGAGCGUCUGAGGCACAGGAAACUCGGUGUUGACUUUUCUCAAGAGAACUCAACCCGUGGGAUCGCGUCAAAGCGCGGCGCGGGAGGGCGAGCGCUGGUGAGCGACAGUUUCUGACGAAUGAUUUCGCAAUAGUUUGUUCUUAGAUGCUGGGCAUGACAAACAUCUAUAACUGAAAAAUAAAUUGUGUGCUGAUUACUUAUACAAUUAAACACGCAUUGCUUAUUCCGUCUGGAGAUUCUACUGUGCUUUGGAACAUUUAAACCAAAUAGAAGAACGAUAAAAGAAAAAAUUGAAGAUAUAUACCAAAGGGUUAAUGAGGUUCUAGUAUAUGGUUUAUACGCUGAAAGUAGUGCAAAAUUUCCGGACUAAUUUUGUAAGGUAGGCGAUAUUUUGCAAAGUAAUGGUAUCUUUGUAAGAAAAUAUUCUAUUGAAAACAGGUAGAUGGUUGGUAUAUUUUGUAGCUAAAUUGUGAUCUUUACAAAUUCUGAAAUUGAGUUUAUAUACGUAUUUUGACAGUUUAUAUAUUUCAUUUUAGUAAACAAAUGAAAUAUUUUGUGAACCAGAUUUUCAAGCAUAUAUUUUUAUGGAUAGUACAAAGUCAAAUGAGAUCCUCUUUGGUGUAGGAGAUAUUUGAAUUAAUUUUGUAUGUCUGUAGGCAACUUGCAAAAAAAAAAAUGGAUCCUAAAGAGUUCUGGGGAAAAAAAAAAGAAAAAAAAAAGAGAUCAGGGCUUUUCAUUCCCCACAGUUGAUAUUAGCUGCACAUGAGAUCUGAUUGCUAUCAGCGAUUCUAGUUUGUGUGAUUUUAAUUUGUUUCAGGUGAAAAGUCAAUGUUUGACACGAUCAGGACUCUCUUGGGUGUGGGGUCUCCAUCCUUGGAGCCCCUCACAAGCCGCCUGACGUGUCCUGGGCAGCCCCGCGCGGGGGCUUGGACAGGGCGACCCCCGCGGGUCCCCUCCGCCCGCCACCGUUCUGUGGUUCUGUGAUUCUGUGAAAUAGAAAAAUGUGUAUGCAGUGCUUCUUGCAUGAAUAAUAAAUACACUAUUUUCCAUAGUUAGGAUCGAAUCCUGCUUCCAGUUAUGUCAGCGGGAAUUGCACUAUGGACUACGCUAUUCAAAAGGUGUUAGAGCUACGUGUGUGUGUUGUGCUAGCUCGGAUCGGAAUGAAAUUCAAAGAUGUACUCCCUCCCUAGACGUGUAAUGCUUAUCAUAUGGUCAGCCAGUAUUUCUUAUGUUACUCAUUUUUGAAUUAAUGGUCUUCUUAGCAAGCAGAGCUCUUUGCAAACGGUAUGAGAAAGACUGCAUUCCACAAUCAUGUUGGUAGUAGGCUAUAAAUUUUUUUUUUUUCCUAAAGUUUCUAAUGAUAUGAUGGUUAUGGACACGAUCCACGAUACGUUUCCCUUAGGCCAAACCGGAGCAUACAUUUGUGUUUGCGAUCAUGUCAAAAAAAGAGUGCUUUUUUUUGCACAUCAAAAAUAAUAAGCAAGGUUGAGAAAGCAAUUACGUUGGGGAACUGCUCCAGGUUCGUCUUCGGUGCCUCCUGUUCCCGUCGGUGGAAUUUCAGGAAGAGCCAACACCUCGGCACGCGCUGAGCGCCUCCGGGAACCGGCCCUUUUGCUGUCUCCCAUCGGGGGGUGUGCGCUCCGUGGCACGUGUUUAGGAGGGUUUGACCUACAGUUCUGAAACUCGUUUGGUAACUCCUCUGUACGGUAUUUUGAUCCUCACUGUGUGCUGUUGUUCCUUUACCUUCUUUUGUAAUACGGAAUAAUAAUAAUAAAAAAAGCUAUCAAGUGUUAAGACUGUAAAAAAAAAUGGUGGCCACUUCUUUCUGUAUUCAGCAAGUGAAACAAACGUAGUGCUGCCAGACAUAAUGAUAGUAAAUUUUUAUCUUCUUAAAAUAGUGUUUUGGAAAGAGCAGCUCGUUUUUCAUCAUGGAAAUAAUAAACAGUAACAUGAGUUUGCUCUUUAUCACUUAUCAUGAAGUACUUAUUUUGGAUUUACUUCAAAAUCUAGAUUAUAAGAGAAUAAAAAUCUAUAUCCUGAGAGUAAGAGACAUAGUACCUAAUACUGUUCUGCUGGUUAUUUCCAAACAAAAGUACCUGCUUUAUAUGAAUUGUAAAUAUUUGUCGAAACAAUUAGAUGGUUGCAAAUUUUGACCUUGGUAAAUAAAGUCGCCAAAAUACAA